AACGUAAAUAAAUUAGGCGGGAAAGUUGAAGCCCUCAAGACAACUUGUUUCUUUUUUCCAAUCAAAAUUCCGAAAUUCUCUCAUCAACUCAUCGGCGAAAAGCGGUUUCCGACGAAACAGAAAUACGCCGUCGACAUGGAAACAGUGGACUCACCGCCGGAGUCGACGUCGGAGAUGGAACUCGAACGUCGUAAGCUUCGUAAUCGGUGGGAGUUAGCCUCCGUUCUCAACUUUCUCACCGUUUUUGAGCCAGUGUUUCAAAUCAAAUUGAAAGUUUCAGCUGAGGAGAUAGAAACAGCCCUCAUUGAGCCUAAUGAUAAUCUUGCUGAGUUGCAUAUAAUGCUUCUGAAGGGGAUACCUCCUGUGAGUAAACUGCUGAAGGAUUCUAAUGGAUGGGUGAUAGCACUAAGUAAGAAACUUGAAAUGUGGUGGCCAUGGGUUGCAGAAGGGGAUUUCCCUUUGACUGCAAAAAAGGGAGAGGAGAUGUCCACAUACAAGGCACUCGACCCGACAACUCGCUUGCUUAUCCUUAAAGCACUCUGUGAAAUUCGAUCUGAUCAAGAUGACACCAUAUCUUACAUCAAUGAUGAAACUAAGAAUAGAACUGAUUCUACUGCUUUCCACAAAGAGAAGCUUGGGGGCAAUGGAAAUGAAGUUUCAUUCUGGUAUGAUGGGAAUGAAACUAUUGGUCAUAGAUUAUACAAGGAAGUUUAUCAAGUUGAGUCCAUGUCAAAAGUAAAUGAUAAGAAAAGGAUAUCAGCAAUCACUUCUCAGUGGGAAACACUUGCUACUACUUUUGACGAAUUUCAGAAUUUUGUGGACAAGUUCUCAUCAAGUGAAGUUAAAUGGGAAGCUGAUGUGGGCAAGGCUGUUGAAGCUCAUGCUAUUCCUGCUCUUCAGAAAAUUCAGAAGAAGAAAGAUAAGGCUCUUAAGCGACAACAAAGAGAACAAAGGCUUGUAGAAAGCUUAAGAAAUGUUGCAGUUCCUCGUUCUUGUCGGAUUCGUAGGCCAGUCAAUUACAGAUGCGAUGAUUUUGACAGAGCAAUCGAAGAGGCCAUAGAAGUAACAAACAAAAGGAAGGCAACUGAAGAUCCAACAAAAGGAACUAGACUGAAUGAGCAUGACCCUAGGAAUGAAACCAAUUCGCUGGGCUCCUCUCCAGCAUCUAACUCAAUAAGCAGUGACACCACAGACAGUGAAGCCGAGAGUGAUAGACCUCAAGGAAGCAAUGAUGAUGUGGAUGAUACCAGUGAUGAGGUUGAUGAAGCUGAUUUUGAUGAAGAUGGUACUGACUCAAUGAAGGAAAUAUAUCACAGGCCAAGCAGUUGUCGCUACAGUAAGAGACUGGCUGGAGUGACUGGCUAUGCUGUUCCAGGAAGCACUCAUAUAGGUGCGAAGAAUAGGUUGAGGCAGAGACCUAGCAUCAAUACAGCUGCUGAGUCUGUUGUCAUUCCUGAUUCAGAAGAUGAAAACUGAUCAAGAUGCAUUUGCAACAGGACAUGCCAUAACUGAUCUCUAUUUUGGUGCAGUUUUGUCUAUUAUCCAUCCAAGCCAAAUGAAUAUGGGUUAAGAAAAGCAAAUCAGAUGCUACCUCCUUAAUCAUAAUUUUGUCCUAUAGUAAUAGCUAGCAACAUAGCUUCAGAAAAUUGUCUGUAAACUUGUAGAAGUUCACUUAAUGCUUCGUUAGUUUUUAGUAAAGCUACUUGAGUCAA